UGGAUUGUGGGAUACGAUGCGAAAUCCGUAAUAUUAUUCGCGUGGCGUGGGUUAGCCUCUGAUCUGACGAGUUCGAGCUUGAAUAAUAAUUUGAAGGUUUUACGAUAACAAUUUUGUACACGCAGAAAAAUGAAGAAUUUUAUUAGUAAAUCGAAUAAUUAAGUUCCCUGAAAGUUUCUGAAAUGGUGAAAGCCGCCACAAUGGCUGGAAAUCGGGGAGGUCUUCACAAAAAUAAGGAAGUUGACGUUGACGAAGUCGAUGUCGGCGGAGAUUAUGGGAUGCCUUUGUCCUCCAAAGAAGUGAUCAUUCCACUAGUUGGUAUCGUCCUGUUGGCCCUGAUUGGGUUGCUGAUUUGUUGUUGUAAAGCGUUUUGUGGGAGAAAAUCUGGACGAGAUGCAGAUUUGGAGCUGCAACUUGGCCGAAAAAGCAGAGCGUCAUUCCGUCGAAAAAGUGAAUCGUUUAAGAGUUCGUCCAGUGGGGGUGUGGGUAAUGAUGAUGGGGUCAGAAGGUCAUCAUCCUACAGGGCAGGAGGUCAGGGGUCAAACAGGUUGGAGCUGGAAAAUCACCACAAAGAUCAUCAUCAACCAUCUCCUCGUUCGAAACGACAGAAAUCCAGUUCAUUUUCGAAAACCGUGCAAAAAAAUAGUCAUUCCAAUUCACUAAAUAUUAAUCGAAGCAAUUCGAAUCCAGUAAAUUCCAAGAUUUUAAUCUCUCUGAGCAAACCUCACCAUUCUUCUGAGACAGAAGAUCACGUCGUACCGGAUCUUGACAAUGUGGGUCAAGAGGACGAUUUAAGAAAUCAGAGCAGAAAUUUUACGUUCUUAGUAGAAAAGAAGAAAAAUAUGACAAAGUCGUCCAGAGAGGAUGUUGGAACAGAAACAGAAACGAUCGAUUAAAAAUAUUAUGCAUGAUUUUAACUUAUUUUUAUGGUAAAUUUUGAAAUGCGAAUUUGUUAAAUUUUAAUCAAACGAUAUGAGUAUUUGUAUAAUAAGUCUUUUAUAAAUUUUGGAAAAUUAGAUUUUCAAACUGGUGAAUGAUCACGUCUUGCUCAAAAUAUUCAAGCCGAGAUUAAUCUGGGAAGAAAGUUUUAUAGCCAUAAUUUUCAGCUUAUCAUAAUUAAUGGUUACUUAACGCAAUCAAAUAAUCUACCACCACCACCACCGAAAACACUCCAUAAAAUAAUCACCCUGAUGAUAAUGAUGCCAAAAAACUAAAAUAUAAGUUUUGUCCACCUCUAAUUGUAAAUAUUUGUUUUUUUUUAUAAAAAACUAAGAAUAUAUUGUAAUUUUUACAUGAAACCCUUUUGAUAAAUAAUUAUUUGUAAUAAAAGGUUAAUAUUGAAAUUGGGGCGGUUUUGAAGUUUCCAGCUAAUGUAAAUAUGCAUGUUGAGGAUGACGGCUGGAGAUUUCCAGUAAUGGUUUUAUAUUUGAUAAAUAUAGAUAAAUUGGAUUUAAGAGUAAUUCAGUGAUUCAUAUUUUUAUGCGACUCAUGAGCAUUUUGAGAAAUUCUGCGUUUUUGUACACAAAUUUCAUUUAAAUCUUAAUUUCCCUUCUUCUUUCCUCCCAUUUGUUUUCAACCGAAUUAAAAUCUAAUUCAUUUAUAAUAUACGUUAAUCAUUGGAAAUUUUUACCUCCGACUUUUUGCUGUUACAGUCAGCAAAAUCUCAAAUUUUAUGAAUUUGUCCGUAUCCUUUGAAUGAAAUCACCUUCAUUACCAAUAGACUGACUCAAUUGGUCAAAAUUCGUAAAGAAAUUCUCCAGUGAUGGCCAAACCUAAAAUUUUAUAAUAAAAGCUCUUUACUUUUAUACACG